AUAGACGGCUCGGCACAUUAGCCAAUACACAAUCCCAUCAUUUUCUCUCUCACACAUACACACACACUCACCGUGUGUUUGUUCUUAACGGCGAAAUUCUUCAGAAAAGCCUAAAAUAUCUGCCUCCACUCUCCAUCUAUACUCGCAACUAAUCAGGAACAGUAAAAAGAUAUAAGAAAUGAGUACGCUAGAUGUUGCGAGAACGGAACUUGCUUUGGCUGUUUUGUAUUUGAACAAAGCUGAAGCCCGGGACAAGAUAUGCAGAGCAAUACAAUACGGUUCAAAGUUCGUGAGUAAUGGCGAGCCAGGCACUGCCCAAAAUGUUGACAAGUCAACUAGCUUGGCUAGGAAAGUUUUCCGUCUUUUUAAGUUUGUCAAUGAUUUGCAUGCUCUUAUCAGUCCAACUGCUCCAGGAACUCCCCUUCCACUUGUUUUACUGGGGAAGUCGAAAAAUGCUUUAUUGUCGACUUUCUUGUUCCUUGACCAAAUUGUUUGGCUCCAUAGAUCAGGCAUCUACAAGAACAAAGAGCGUGCAGAAAUAAUUGGCAGGGUAUCGCUCUUCUGCUGGAUGGGCUCUUCAAUAUGCACUACUUUAGUUGAGAUAGGAGAGCUUGGAAGGCUUUCAAAAUCGGUGAAGAAAUUGGAUAAGGAGCUCAAGGGUACCGAUAAAUACAAGAAUGAACAAUAUCGUGCUAAACUUAGAAAAUCAAACGAGAGGUCGUUGGCUUUGAUCAAAGCAGCUAUGGAUGCCGUGGUUGCAGUCGGGCUCCUUCAAUUGGCUCCGAAAAAGGUCACCCCUCGUGUUACAGGAGCUCUUGGAUUCACCACCUCACUCAUAUCUUGUUAUCAGCUGCUUCCCCCAGCACCCAAGUCAAAAACACCUUGAAGCAAAUGAUGCCAGUUGCUACACAAUCUAGCUUUUAAUGUCGUUAAAUAAGCAUCCAGAUGUAUUGCAGUUACAAACGUUGAUCGUGUAUGAUUUAUUAUUUGCAGUAAUGUAUGCCUAGUCUGCUUUUACGGUUAUUAAUAUGCUGUUUAUGGCUUGGUUAUGUUUGUAUUACCGUUUUUACUUUUGCCUGCU